CUGGUUAUAAAUUCUUUGCACAUCGCUGACGGAGAAUUAGAAGCUUGCAGUCGUUCCACUGAAACGGAUGUGUUAAAUCUUACCGAAAUUGUAUUUUUCAUUUUGUUCGUUAUUGAAUAAGUGUUGUGUGAAUUUCCAAAAUAAGUCGUUAUCGAUCAAUAAUUCUUGAUUUGUUUUCCUUGAACGCGCUCUUCACUUUUGUUUUUUUUUUCAUUGUUGUUUUUGAUAAUUUUGUGAUUUUGUUACCUGAAAAUAAUCGAAAGUGACAAUGUUUUCGAAUCUGAUUGGAAUUUGCAUUUUUGCACUUUGCAUCGUUGAGUCCAUGUGUCGACUGCCCUCAACAAUUAAGAUCUGCCCACGGAAUACGCCAAAUCCAAGCCAAUGUAUAUUGAACGCAAUCACUGACUUGCGACCACGAUUGGCAAAUGGUGAUUUGGGCGAUGGCGUCAAAACAGUAUCACUUGAACCAUUGGCAUUGGACAACAUUUCGGUUAAACGAGGCCCAGAAUUCAGUGCAACAUUCAAUAACCUUUUAGUCAAUGGCCCGAGCAAUUUUGUCGUCUCAAAUCUCAAAAGCGACAUUCCGAACUUGAAAUUCAAUUUCACCGUUCAUCUACCGAAAUUGACGUUUGCCGGAAAAUACUCGUUGAAAAUGCGCCUACUUUUGUUGAACAUCCAAGGUCGUGGUCCAAUCAGUGGUGUUUUGGAAAAUACCCGUGCCAAUGUGCGUAUCAUUGGAAAGUUAGUGCCUGGCAAAAAUGGACUUAAAUACGUAAAAUUCGGCAAUCUCCAAAUCAAAGUAUCAGUUGGCGGUGCAAAAUUCCGUUUAGAGAAUCUAUUCAACGGCGAUCGAACACUCGGUGAAAUUGGAAACACGGUCAUCAAUGAGAAUGCACAGCUUUUCCUUGAGGAAAUGAUUCCGGGUUUCGAGAAAAGCCUCUCAAAAACAUUCCUCGAAAUCGCAAAUGACAUUUUAACUGAAGUUACCUACGACGAAAUGUUCCCUGAAGCGUAAAUCAGAUUUCACACUCUCUGUGUGAACAUCGAUAUAUAUGGGAAUUUGUUCACCUUGGGAGGGAAUGUAAUUAAAUUACAGUAAUUUAAGCGCAGCGAAAAAAAAGCACACACAAACAUACACAUCAUAAUAUCUGAUAAGGUCUAUAAGGCUUUAGUUUUAUAAGGUUUUUUAUGGCUAAAAACAAUGUUGUUAGUGCACCCAGUAUUAGUGAUGUAAGUGCAAAAAUCACAUUUUGAUUUGGCAAAAAUGUUCGCCAGAAUAUUAUAGUGAGUCGGCUAUUAACUAUGACCGGCUCAUGCAAACGAGAUAAUUAUAUACACAUGUUUGAUUAUAACCGUGUUAAGUCUAAGUUUAAGAAAAUACAUUGUUGACGGAAAUGAACAAUAAAAA